CGCGUCGCGCACCUCGGCCCGACGACAUCGUACGGUGACGGCCAGGGACACACGUGUGUGGUUGAGGUGUUUCGCAAAUCGAGCACCUGCUCCCUCUCCCCAGUGAGAAAGAGAGCAAGAUUUUCGUGAAUUGUACGCGGGUUCUUCGCGGUUGUACGCGGGACGUCUCGCGAUUGAAAGACUUUCGGCGAGAUCGAGUCUCGACGUCGUCGUGUCCGAUUUCUGGAUUUUUUCUUUCGUCGCGCCUGUUCGAUCGUUCGCGGCAUCGCGAAUCGUUCGUCGACACGUGCUCCGCGCGAUAAAAUUGUUAUGUGCGUGUCGCGGCGGGAGGAAGGGUGAAGUGUUCAGAUAAGUAUUUGCAAGUGAAAAAAAAAGGAAAAGAAUUCGUAAUCUGCCUCGCGGUGCACGCCUGACGGGUUCCUCGAUGCGCCCUGCGUCAGGGGGUAAAAGUUGCACGUGGUGGGAACCCGACGACCUCUGACAGCAGCCCCGCGGUGAGCGCGAGGAGUCGCGUACGUCAGUUGACAAGUGAGAAAAGAGGAAUUCGUCGUCGACGAGUGUUCUCGUUUAAAGAUCGUCAGGACGAUGAAGAAAUCCUACUUCGUCUUCAUAUGCCUGCUAGGCCUCGUCGUGAGCGACAACAGCACGAUCGGCGAUCAUUCGAUCACAGAGGAUACUUCCGAGAUCAGCAAUACGGGCAAUCUCGACUCUGUAGAUCAGAAUGCCGGUUGGGGAGAAUGGUCACCGUGGUCGAAGUGGUCUCCAUGUACAAGGACGUGCGGUGGCGGAAUCUCGCGGCAGCAACGUCGAUGCAGGCGUAGACCGUGCAAGGGGAAGAUCUGGACCACCAGAUAUAAAAUCUGCAAUCCGGAGGUGAGUAUUUCCUGA